AUGGUACAUGAAGGCAAGAUCCCAUCGCCAAAACAAGCACUGGAGCGUGCUAUCACACUGCUUAAGCUGCACCAAAAAAUGAAACAAAAGCCAGAGAUGAGAGCAAGAUUGCCAAUUGGGUGGGAAAAGCCAUCACCAGGAGUGUUGAAACUCAAUGUUGAUGGAGCUAUCUUCAAUGACCAACAAGGGGCAGGGGUAGGCAUAAUCCUUCGAGAUGCAGUAGGGGAAGUCCUUUUGGCUGUGAGUAAGAAGGGUCAUGCGGUUAAUGACCCACCAGACGUAGAACUGUUAGCCAUGCUAAGAGGACUGCAACUAUGCAUCCCUUUAGGAAUCGAGGAACUUAUUCUUGAAAGUGACUCACUACUGAUGAUUACACAACUGCAAGAGAAAGAAGAGUCUUGGUCUCUACUAGGGAAUAUUAUAAAGGAAACCAAACUUCUCAUGGCUAGGUUCUACUGCUGCACAAUUCAACAUGUUGGGUGUAAAGGAAAUGAAGCAGCUCAUAGUUUAGCUAGAUAUGCUUGGCAUAUAGAUGAUAUCUCAAUUUUGUGGGAAUCUUUCCCCAAGGUCAUUCAACAAAUUGUAUGGGUUGACAAAUUUUUGUAA